AUGACUCCUCCGCGUGCCUAUUUCCUUCUUCGUUCGCCUCACCAAAUUGAAUUCAUGCGUAUAUUAGUGGAAAACAUCAAAGAUGUUAGGACAGGAAUAGUCAUGAUGGUGAAUAGGCCUUAUGUUUCUUUGAGCAUGGGCAAACAUAGCAAGCAAGAGCUGAGCGAUUGGAUUGAUGAAAAUAGGAAUUAUGAGCCCUCAUGGACUCUCCUAGGAUAUGCGUUCACAUUGGCAAGAGGAAUGUUGACUCUCGAAAAAUCGAAACACAAAUCUAUUAUUCUGUUUUCUGAUGGUGAUCCGGACAAAUGUAGAACCGACGAGUGCGAAGAGUUUCUCGAAUACGACCAGUUAAUCGAAGCGUAUGAGUGUAGGGAACAAGGAAUGCAACUUCUUUAUAUAAUGGUUGGCACAACCAUAGAUGAGCAGCGAGCUAUCGAUGUUGCUGGUGGAGUUCAGAACACUGUUUCUGUCGGCGAUUUCCACAAUUUGGAUGUCUCCAUCUUGAAAGAAGUUGUCUCGACAUUGUGCAGACCUCAGUUGUAA